AUGAAUUAUGAUGAAGAAUUACUUAAUUUUUAUAAAGAUGAAUUAGUGUGUCUAAAAGAAAUAAAUAUGUAAUUACAAGAAUAUAAAUAGAAAUCAACUUAAGUAUAAAUAUCUAUUAUCUUUUAGUAAAUAGAACAAUUAGAAAAAUAAAAUUGUAUUCUUAAAGAAAAUAAUGAUAACUUGAGUGAAAUGUUUACUCAAUAUAAAGAAUAUGCAUCCACUCAAAUUAGAGAUCUAGAAUUAUAAUUAGUUAAUUUAAGUGUGGAAAGAGCAAAUAGAGAAUUACUUUUAGAUGUAUAAUAUUAUUUAAAUAAAGACAUUGAAUUAAGAAAUUAGAUAGUUAAAAAGAUAAAAUCAUCAAAAAGAACAAGCUUUAAAAGAAUAGGAAAGUAUUAAAUAUGUAAUUGAAUUUUCAUUUCUUUAGGAUUCUCCAGAUAAUUUAAGUUAAAUAAGUUAAGAUGAAUUAAGUUAAAGAAGUAUUGAAAUCAAAUAGGAAUAAGUUAUAUAUUUAAAAAGUAUUUACAUUAAUUCUAAUAUAGAAUAAUUUCAUACUCCUUAGAAACAUAAUAAACCUGAAAUUUAAUCAAUUAUUGAUAAUAUACCAAAAUCAGAAUAUACUAUUUUAUAUGAAGAAGAAAUGAAGAAAAUUAAAGUAUAUUUACUAUCAAAAAUAAGGAUAUAUCAAAUAAAAAUUUUGAAAUGAAGAUUUGGCAAGAUUAAGUUAUGGUACUUUUUAAUGAAAAAUAUAAAAAUGAAAAGACUAUAAAUGGAAAAUUAAGAGAAUUACUUAAAAAUUCUUAUCCUGAAUAACAUAGAGGUAAAAUUUGGUCUUUUGUAUAUAUAAUUUAAUUUAAAUUAGUUAAUUGGCAAUCAAUUACAAAUCAAUAAAUAACUGUAUGAGAAACUAUAUUAAUCUAUUCCAAACCAUCCAUUAAUUACACCUGAAUUAAUAAAUUUGAUUAAUAAGUAUUUUAAUUGUUAUUAAGUGAUCUUUAGAGAACAUUUACUAUUAUCAAUGAUUUUGAAAAUUCAGAUAAAUUGAAAGAUGAAUUAAGAGAAAUACUCAUCAUUUUUCAUGUAUUUAAAAUUAUAUAUCAUUAAAGAUUUAUAGACCAGAUAUGGGAUAUAUUUAAGGAAUGACUUAUUUAGCAUUUAUGUUUCUAAUUAGAAUGCCAAAACAAAAGGCUUUGAAAUGUUUAGCUAAUAUGUUAUUCAAAAGUUAAUUGUUAAGAACAUUCUAUUAAUUUAAAAGUCAUUAUUUAGAAGCUUAUUUUUUAAUAUUUGAUUCUUUUUUAUAAGAAAAAUUACCAAUAUUAGCAAAUAAAUUUAAUUAACUUAAAUUACCAAAAUAAUCAUUUUUGGUAGAAUGGUUUUAUACUGUUUUUUCAAGAGCAUUCAAUUUAAUUACAUCAAGCAAAGUUUGGGAUUAUUUUUUAUGUGAAGGAGAUCUAUUUUUAAUAAGAUUAACACUAUCAGUAUUAUCAAAUCUUGAAACAGAUUUAUUGAAAUGUGAAUAUGAAGUAAAAUUUUAUUUUAUAAUUUAGGAUAUUUUAAUGUUUAUAAGAUAAAAAACAUAUAAAAUUAAAAUAGAUGAUUUAUUUAAACACUUAUAAAAAAUAAAAAUUGAAUAAAAGACCUUCCAAAUUAGAUUAUAAAAACAAUUAGAUGAUUUGUGA